UGUACUUCCUAUCCUAGAAAAAGAGUCAAUGUGUGGGUUACAGGGGUAAUUGUUCAAUGGAAAGUGUAGUAUACUAUGCAUGCGAAUCAAUUAUUCAAUAGCUUUAACUGUUGUUCAGGGCUCAAAAUGCAUUGAAAUUUUAAAAUGCAUGCCAUCUACUAUUGGUCUGUUGAAAAUAACUAAGAGCUGAAAAUUUUGUUCAUUUACAGAAGCACCUUAGUGAAAUAAACGAGGUGUUACAACAGCUCACGCACUCGUUGAACGCAUCACCUCCUCGACCUCAUGCAGGGUGGCCGCGGGGUAUUAAAAAGUCUUAAAAAGUCGUAAAUCAAUUUUCAUCAAAAUAAGGCCUUAAAAAGUAUUAAAUUGUCUUAAAUUCAGAUUGCAUUGGUCUUAAAUAUUUGUGUGCCAUGUCAGUGCGAAAAUGCGGGCAAUCUGUUCUGCCAGGUCAAAUAUUUUUUUUCCGGUAGCCUGUGCGCUGCGUUGUCUUUGGUUAGGUCAGAGCGUAGACUACUGCGCAGCUGUAGCCCCACCCCCCCGAUUACGCCACUGCCAGGGCUCCUGUUUAUUGGUUUAUCAUCUAGCCAGGGCUCCAGCCUGUUCGUUUAUAGAUUUUGGCGCGAUUCAGACCCCUCACUACGAUAUAGACACUCGACUCUGAAACAUGGGUAAGUGUAAAUUUAAUGAUAAAUGGCUCGAGAAGGACGAGUAUGACUGGUUAAGGUCGGUGCCUGGUAGCGCCUAUGAAGCUCGGUGCACUGUGUGUAAAAAAACCUUCAAACUUGGGACAAUGGGGAUCGGAGCGGUGGAAUCCCAUGUCCAGAGCCAGAAACACAAAGCUUACUCAAAAGCACGCCUGCAGCCUACAAUUACUAGCUUCUGCUCCACCGCUAGCAAUGAUGUAAUUGACAACGCUAGUGUUGCAACAGGAAAUCCACAGCCUGUUACAAGCAUGCCAUCUGACCGCGCAAUUUGUGGCUCUACGCCAACACUGCGAGCAGAGGUGAUUUGGGUGAUGAGGACCGUGACAAGCCACCAUUCCUGCAGGUCCAAUGACGGAAUUGAUGACUUGUUUAAAGCGAUGUUCCCAGAUUCUGCCCUUGUACAGUCUUUUACAUGCGGGAAAGACAAGACCAGAUACGUUGCCAAAUUUGGAUUGGCGCCGUAUAUAAAAAAAGAGCUCGUCAAUGAAGUUCAAAAAUGCGGUGCGUUUGUUGUCAUGUUCGAUGAGACACUGAACCAGACAACCAAAACCAAACAAAUGGACUUGCAUGUGCGUUUUUGGUUAAAUGACCAUGUCCAGUCUAGGUUCUACGGAUCACAGUUCAUGGGCCACGCAACUGCCAAGGACCUACUUCAGCAUUUCAAAGAGUGUGUGCAGCAGCUUGACCUGAGACAUUUGGUUUCUAUCUCAAUGGAUGGACCAAAUGUCAAUUGGAAGUUUUUCUCAAUGCUCCAACAGGAGCAUGCAGAUACAUUUGGAGGUGCCCAGCUGAUUGUGGUGGGGAGCUGUGGGCUUCACACACUCCACAAUGCCUUUAAAAGUGGCUUCAGUGUCUGGCAGAUGGAGAAAGUGCUCAGGGCAUUGCAUACACUCUUGCACAAUACCCCUGCUAGAAGAGAAGAUUUCUGCUCUUUGACCAAGUCAUCUGUGUUUCCCCUACCAUUCUGUGGGCAUCGCUGGAUCGAAAACCUACCCGUUGUCGACAGGGCUAUCACCAUAUGGCCAAUGAUGGUGAAGUAUGUGGAUGCAGUGACACAGAAAAAGCUUCCAAACCCUAGAACAUCCUCCUAUGACACCCUUGCAGAGGCACGGAAUGACCCUCUCAUAAUGGCCAAGCUGCACUUCUUUAUGGCUGUCUCUAGGACCUUCACCACAUUUCUGACUAAGUAUCAGACAGAUGAGCCGGUGAUUCCAUUCAUCGGUAAAGAUCUGGCUGUUCUCAUGAAGAGCCUACUGAAGAGGUUCAUCAAGGCAGAGAUCCUUAAUGACAUCACAGCACUGCAAAUGGUCAAACUGGACACAACUGCCAAGGAAGCAAGGGCUGGCCUAAAGGCUGUGGACAUUGGAUUAGGAGCAGAAGUAGUCCUAAAGGUGAUGUGAUUGUCCAACAAUUUGGAAAUUUCUUGUCUCUGGAGGCAAAACAUGAGUCAUUCUCCUCUUUCCAACCCAUGCGUACAAGACUGGACGUUUUCCUGCAUGGACUCCUCCAUCAAUCCUACCCUGAACUCUGGGCAUUCUGCAGGAAACUUCUGCUUCUCUCCCAUGGCCAAGCAACGGUUGAGAGGGGCUUUUCUGUAAACAAGGAGGUAGAGGCCGAUAACAUGAAGGAGGACACAGUGGUUGCUCAGAGGAUGAUCUGUGACUAUGUCUCUGUCUGUGGGGGGGUUCUCAAAGUACCUCUGACUAAGGAGCUUUUGGCAGCUGCAGCUUCAGCUAGGUCUCAGUAUCGGCUACACCUGGACCAGGAAAAGAGAAAGCAUGCGAGCAAUGCUCAAAGAGAAAAGAGAAAAGGUGCAGAAGACCACCUAGAGCAGCUCAAAACGAAGAAGAAGAUACUGAUUGAGGUAGCAAACAGCCUGGAAAAAGAUGCAGACAAGCUAGAAGAACAAGCUGAGGGUAAAUCAGGCACACUCAUGGCCCAGCUAAUCACCAAGUCAAACAUCCUCAGAAGAAGACACAAAGAAAAACUCACAGAACUCAAAGAGGUUGAGAAAGAGCUGGAAGAUAAAUCGGCAGAACUCAGGCAUAUGCCAUAAUGUCAAAUUAGGCAUUACCUCUUCCUUACCUUCUUUUUUCACUGUUUCAAGUGUUUAUGUUCAUUUGUGCACAUGUGCAUUGUUAUAAAUGGGUUAAGUACACUCUUUUGGGAAGGCUUUCUCAAGUGCCAGGUCAGUGUUUUGUUUAUUAUUAUUAUCUUUUGAUUUUGGUUGAUUCAAAGGAUGUCUGUCACACACACAUACACACACUCACACAAGUUAUGUUAAGUUAUAUUUUGCACUUCAAAAGCACUUGAAAUUGCCAUUUAUUUAUGUAGUUAUUGUAUUUAUUAUUUUGUUCGAAAGGAACAGUAUUUUUUAUUUAUUUACUUGAUUUUAUAAGCAUUUGUUUAUGGGACCUAAAUGCUCUGAAAAUAAUAAAUAUAAUUGAGGACUAAUGACAUUUUUGUGUUCUCUUUUCGCAUUACACACAUUUAGCCGAUGUUCUUAAACUCAACCGGUUAUUAUCAGACAUCAGUGUGUUUACUUGGAAAGAUUACUGUAUAUUUCCCCUUUUGAUUUGUUUUUCCAUCGUAAGUUUGGUCUUAAAUUUCAUUAAGAAGUGGUAUUAAAAUGUCUUAAAAAGUCUUAAAUUUAA